ACAUCAUUAGUCCUAGAAGCCAUUCGGUGCGGAAGGAAAAAAGCCCAGGGAGCAGCGAGGGCAGGAAGCCGUGAUGAUGCCGACGAUCUUGCCUAACUUUCUCUACCCACCCCCUCCGUCCCUUUUCCUCGCGGCCAUGUCCGUCAUCAGCUUCACCGCCCUCUCGUUGUCCGGCCUCUCCGAGGUCAGUGGCAAGCACCUCCAGUACUCCAAGUUCUGGAACGCCAACCCUCCCCCGCGCCCCAACCCCAUGCGGCUCUCCGGCCGGACCGGAAUGCUGCUGCUGUACUCGCCUGCUCUCGAGGCCGCCGUCGCCUCCUUCGCCGUUCCGGGCGUCGUCACCGGCAUGAGGUCCCAAUUGCUCAGCUUGGCUCUCAGCCUUCAUUUCUUCAAGAGAGUCUUCGAGGUCUUGUUUAUUCAUCAAUAUAGCGGGCAGAUGGUUCUUGACUCGGCUAUUUUAAUAUCCUCCAGUUAUUUCAUCAGCACUGUGAGCAUGAUUUAUGCUCAAUAUCUGACUCAGGGCAUUUCAGAACCGGCCAUCAAUUUGGAGUAUGCAGGGGUGGUGCUUUUUCUGGUAGGGAUCAUGGGUAACUUCUACCACCACUUCCUCCUCUCAAAGCUUAGGGUGAAGGGUGACAAGGGAUACAAAAUACCAAAGGGAGGUCUCUUUAAUUUGGUGAUCUGCCCUCAUUAUCUCUUUGAAAUCAUAGAUUUUGUGGGAGUUUCUUUGAUCUCUCCAACAGUGUAUGCGUGCUCUUUCACCUUGGGCACCAUCUUUUAUCUAAUGGGUAGGAGUUAUGCAACUAGAAAGUGGUACCUCUCCAAGUUCCAGAAUUUCCCUAAAAAUGUCAAGGCAUUGAUACCCUAUGUUUUCUAAGAAACUUAAGCUUGUGAUUCUAAUGAAUAGAAAUCACAAAGAAUAAGUGGUGAUAAUUAUCUUCAUGCUGUCGUAACAAAAAGACUUCCCGUGUGAGGAAAACCAAUCUGGUUAUCCAGAUGGUUCGGCGUGGAUUUCAUUGUCUAAAUCACUGAUGGCAUGAAUUGUAGCUGGAAACUCUAUAAAGCUGGAAGAUGUCUAAUCGUUGCCUGUGAAGCUUUGUUGUCGUCUACCAUAUUCAGAUGUGAGACUGUUAGUUUGUUAGAUGGAAACUCUGUAUCUGGGAAUAUGUUAUUUGUUUAGCAAGUUUGGAUUCAUAUCUGUUUUGCAUCCUUUUCCUUUUGUAUUGUUUUUAUUCUAUCAAGGAAGCAGAUUGGUUCUCCUAUGCAUUUUCUCAAAUAAAUAAAAUAAAUGAAAAUAAAUUUUGAUGUUGUUGGAA